AUGAAAUCCGGGCUUUUCUACGUAUUGCGGAGAGCAUCAUCAAUACCAUCACCACCUCCAUCACCAUCACCAUCAUCGUUGGCCAGGAGUUCAUUUACAUAUGAUCAAAUUCUCCAAGCCACCGAUAACUUCAGCAGCUCCAACUUGAUCAUGUAUGCCCGCACAGGGCUUCUGUUUAGGGGUGCUUUAGAAGCUGGAAUUCGGGUAGCAGUGAAGAAAGUUGACUUGUCCUUGAUCAAUAGAACUUCCUUGAUGCGAGAACUGGAAUUUUACAACAAAGUUUCUCAUCCUAGAUUUGUCCCUCUUUUGGGGCAUUGCUUGGAGAAUGACAAUCACAAGUUUCUUGUUUACAAAUAUAUGAAUCAUACGGACUUGCACAGCUUUUGGUCCAGGAAUGUUGUUCCAUUUUACCGCGGUAAGAAUUUAGAUUGGUUGAAGUGGGAAACGAGAUUGAAGAUAGCAAGAGGAAUUGCAGAGGGUCUGUGCUAUUUACACCACAAAUGUGAUCCACCACUUGUUCAUAGGUUAGGAAGAGUUUGA